CCACCCCGAUAUUUGCAUGCAGCCUCGCUUUGGUCCCAAACAUGGCGGAGGGGUGGAGAAGUCCUCUGGAGUUGUGCUAAAAUAUGCAUCGGAAUUCGCCCCAUUUCCGCUGAAUCCCGGCGUCCCGUCCACAGCAGAACUUCUCCGAGAGGUAGCCUUUUAUUUUCUUCCGUUCAUCACCAAAAGUGCCUUGUGAACUAUGGAGGGUGUGGAGCUGGCCCCACUGCAGCAGGUUGAGCUGGCAUCACUCCAGCAGGUGAACAUGUCCAACAUCUCCAUGGAGCAAGAUGAGGAGGACCAGAUCGCCCCACUGGACCUCAGCAUGGUGUCCGGUUUAAGGGAGACUCCAGUGGAAGAGCCUGUACAGUUACAGGACUUGGGUGCCUCUCCUGAAACAACUGUGCAGCAAUGGAUGCCCAGGAAAGGCAAGAAAAUGAAGUGGAAAUGGCAGAAGUCACCCGGCAAGUCCUCUACCAAGUCUUCCAGCAAGAAGAGAAAGACAGACCGCAAAAAGGAGACCACACCUGAUGAAAACAGUAACCCAGUGGCGGACGCAGAAGUUCCACUGGUGAACAGCAAGGAAGCCAACCCCAUGGACGGUCUAACAGAGGACAACAGUGGAGAAACCGUCUUCCCAGAUGACACCAUCCCGAUGUCUCAGCUCAUGGAGGAUGAAACGCCUCUCAGUUUGACAGCGCAGAAGGGCAGGCCUAAGAAGCUGGACAUGCCCCCCAUGCCAGUUCGAGAGGAGCCGCAGCAGAUCCAAGUGAACGGGACCACCACCGUCUUCUCUGACCGUACAGUGUACAACUGUGACGAGUGUGCCUACACCACCUACAAGAGAUACGCCUACAUCGUACACCUUCGAGUGCACACUGGAGAGAAGCCGUUUCAGUGCCCGUUCUGUCCCCACGCCACGACCCAGGCUGGCCACCUGCGCCGCCACAUGUCCCAGAUGCACAGCGAGGAGGGCAAGAAGUUCGAGUGCGGGAUGUGCAGCUUCUCCACCAACAGCCAGAGUCGGCUUAUCAAACACAUCAGGGAGCAUGACAAGGAGACGCUGGAGGCAGAACAAGCAGCGGAGGAGGAGGCAGCAGAAGAACAAGAACAGGAGGAGAAAGAUGGAGAAGAGGAGCUAGAGAAGAUGGAUGGAGAAGAAGAAGUGGGAGAGGAAAACAUGGAGAAGGGAACUGCUGAAGGGGGGAAGAAGAAGAAGAAGAAGAGGAGGGGGAAGGACAAGAAGUACAAUUGCGGAGAGUGUGAUUUCAAGACUGCUUACCGCCACUGCCUGGUCACCCAUCUCAAGGUUCACCAGGGCAUCAAAGAGCACAGAUGCCCACAGUGUGGCUACUCCACCACAUACAAACACGUCCUGGCGCGUCACAUGCUCAGUCAUGACGGGAAGCGCGACCACUUCUGCGACAGUUGCUCCUUCGCCAGCCCGUACAAGUUCGUGGUGGCGCGCCACAUCAAGCGCAAGCAUGGCGGCCCGCGCCAGCUGGCCUGCGACCGGUGCCCGUAUCUGGGAUUCGAUGCAGCGGCCAUGAAGGCCCACAUGAAGAAACAUGACAACGAGGGACAGUACAGAUGUAAGUUUGCCCCUCGAGAUGAGGACCAGAAGCCUCGUGAGAAGAUCCUGCUGUACCACUGCGACCAGUGCGAGUACGCCACCAACCGCAAGGACCAUCUGGACUGCCACGCGAAAGUCCACAAGGAUAAGCCCGAGGGGAGUAGCAUAUACAAGUGCGAGCAGUGCACGUACGUGACGGGCAAGCGUUUCCUCCUCAACAAGCACCUGAAGGGCCACUCCUCCGUCAAGAAGUACAUGUGCGAGAUGUGCGGAGGGACAUUCGACCGCAAGGUUAACUACGAGGCGCACAAGCGGACCCACACGGGCGAGAAGCCCUACAAGUGUCCCAAGUGCGACUACGCCAGCUCCCAGAAGACCCACCUCAACCGGCACCUCCGCAUGCACAACGGAUUUCGGCCCUUCAAGUGCGAGAAGUGCUCGUACGCCGCCGCCAACCAGCAUGAGAUCGUCCGCCACGUUCGGCAGGUGCACCUGAAGAUCAAGCCAUUCCAGUGUCCAUAUUGUGCCUAUGCCACAGCAGACAGGUCCAACUACACCAAGCACGUGGCCAUGCACACCAACCCUCGCCCCUACACCUGCCCUGCAUGUGUCUACACAGCCAGCAAGAAGUGCAACCUCUACUAUCACAUGAAGUCGAAGCACCCUGACCACCCAGACACACAAGAGCAUGCUGGGCAUGUCAAGCUCAAGGUCAAACCUCCUGGCAGCACUGAAGCCAGCCCAGAGGGCAAGGAGAAGUCAAAGGCCAAAGGUGACGAGGUCAACAACAACUGGAACCAGAACAAGAAGAAGGCUGAGGGGGCAGAGGGCGGGGCAGAGGGCACGUCAGAGUCAGAGGUCAAGACAGAAGGGGAGGAGGCGACCAACCUGAUAGAUUUCAUCACCAACACGGAAGACCAGGAGGAGGAGGAGGGGUCAGAGGUCCCGACCCCAGGGGUGGAAGGUCACAGCUGCGACUUCUGUGGACGUUUCUUCACUGAUCGGGAGGUGUGGGAGACGCAUGUGCAGCGCCACCUCCGGGCUUCUUAGGUCACUUUAUUGGUUCCUCUGCAAUAACUCAUUUUGGCUUUAGGGGAUAUCAACAAGUUGUCAACGUUCUGAAACAAGACUUAAAAACAUGAUGGAAAUGAAAUGCAAGAAAUUUUUUUUUUGUCAUUUUGAAUGGUUGUGCCAGUAAUGUCAUUUGAUGAUUUUUCUUGAGAAGUCAGCCAUUUUCAUAUCGUUUAUGAAUGGUCAGCCGAAUGUAGACACAAAGCACCUGAAGCUCUUGUGCAGGGGCCAUUGAAUUUGAGGCAUCCUUGAUAAAUUCCUUAUUUCUUAGAACCUUUUUGAGCAUGAUAUGGAAAUUUUGAGGAGCCAGUAUUGCAGUGUUUUCCUUUGUUUACAUGGUCAACAACAGUGUCUUCGUAGUUAGUAGCGAAAACAUGGACAGUGGCCUUAUCACUGAAAAUUAACACAUGAAGAGAUGGGGUAUUUUAUAACUUUACCAAAACCAUGAAUGAUGUUUUGCAGCAUGUGUAACAAUUAUACCCUACUAAUGGGCCAGUACAGCAAUAGUGAUGUGCCUCUGACAAGUAACAAAACUAUUUUCAAUGAACUGAAAGUGCCUGAUAUGAGGUUACAAUAUUUUUGUCUGUUGUAUUCAGCAAUGAUGCAAGUGACUUCCUACAUGUAGACCUACUCUGAUUGUGUAAACUUAUUUUUGUCUGGUAACCUUGGUGAUUUCUGGAGACCAGGAUAUACAUGUAUCUUGUCUUCCUAUUCUUAUCAGGUGAAAUGAGGUGAGGUGAUUAUAGCAAAGAAUGGGGAAAAGUGAAUACAUUACAGAAGUUACAGUAACAAUAGUAGAAUCAGCUGAGUUUACUCUUAAUCUGCAUUGGUCAAAAGUGCCCUUUUUUGUAAGUGCCUCCAAUGUAGUGCCUUUCAUCUUAUAACAACAAAACGCCUGACAGUAUUUUUGUAAAUAGAGAUACAUUUUCAGAUGUAGGUAGCAGUAUUUUAUGAAACAAGCUGUAUUGUACAUGUAUGUAGAUAGGUGGGUAGGUAGGGAAAAGUUGAGAAACGUGCAAAAGGGUUCUUCCACAUUAAGAUGAAAUGCCAAACCAUUCCUGGUGGACAAACAGCAACAAAAUACAUAUAGCAAAAAUUCAGUGCCUUCCAGAUGAUGAUCAUGUGUCAAAUGUAGAAGGUGUAAUGCAGAUAAUGAACUCUACACAGUUUGAUGAUAAAACAUGAGAGGAACACAGUUGUGCCUUUAUGAACUGUAGAUCACAAUGUCCAUGUUACUUAUGUAAUGUUCACCCCUAUCUGGGUAACACAUUGCAGCACAGUUGUAUUCUUGAUUUGUAUUGGGAAGUUGUAAUGGAUCGACUUCAUGCAUUUUAAGCAUUUUAAUUGGCACUUUUCAGGCAUUUAAUCAAAGUCUUUUUAAGCACUUGUAUUAUACACUCCACCAUUACGUAGCACACCUUUCUGUAUAUUACUAGUUAGUCUAUUAUUUCUGUAGGUAACUGAACGGCACUCUUGAUUUUGUGGAAAAAAUGUACAGAUGCAUGAGCAACUAGUAAUAGAGAAAGCCAUGUCAAAAGCGGUGAAUAUUAUAUGCUAUCUAGUGCCUGCCUUUGUAAAUGUGGUGCUGUCCAUGUAAUUUUGUUUCUCAGCGGUUCAUUCAGAGUAAGUCUUCCAAAACUGUCACACAAAACUGUCUUCCAAUAGGGAUGGUAAACAAAUAAUUAAAUCAUGCACACAGGUAAUUUGUAUCAGCGUAGAAAGUGCAAGUACAGUAUAAUGUCCGAUCCUUGGAAAGUGCAACUUUUUACAGGAAAUCAGUGCCUGAAGAUAGUGCCUUAUGAAGAAAUACGUAGAAUGCCACAUGUCCUAACUCUGUAAGAAGGAAGCAAUUGAAAAGAUAUCUAAACAUGGAAAAUUAUAUGGUAAGUUGAAAGCAAUGUUUGACAGUUCAAUGAUGAAAUGCUGAUUUGAAAUGAACUUUGUUGAAAACCAUGGCAGCAGCCCAAGUUACACUGAUAUAUGGUGCUUCCACACUAUUUUGAUAGGUGACAGGUGAAUUGAAUAUAGCAUCUAGUUUGUAGCACUUCUUCAUGUACUCUGUAGUAAACU